UGUUAGAAAGAGAGAGGGAGAGCCAGAAAGGUUGUAGCCUCUUAGCUACCAACAUUACCAGGUACAUUAACGUUAGCUCUUCACUGGACAAGAUGGCGAGUCCAGGGAAAGACACGUUCAGGAUGAAGAGCUAUAAGAACAAGGCCCUGAUUCCUCAGGAGAUGCGUCGAAGGAGAGAGGAGGAAGGAAUACAGCUACGCAAACAGAAAAGAGAGGAGCAGCUGUACAAGAGGAGAAAUGUGUGUGUUCCUUCAAGUGAUGAAUCCAUGCUGGAGUGUCCGAUCCAGGAUCCAGACGUCAGCUCCACAGUGCCUGCUGCCGGGGAGGGGGUCAUCACUCCAGAUAUGAUUCAAAUGAUCUUCUCUGAGGACCCAGACCAGCAGCUCAUUGCUACACAGAAAUUUAGGAAAUUACUCUCCAAAGAGCCCAACCCCCCCAUAGAUGAGGUCAUUUCCACUGCUGGUGUUGUCAAUCUUUUUGUGCAGUUCCUGAAGAGGAGUGAGAACUGCACUCUGCAGUUUGAGGCAGCCUGGGCACUCACCAACAUCGCCUCGGGGACCUUCCUGCACACUAAGGUGGUGAUUGAAACAGGAGCGGUCCCCAUCUUCAUCGAGCUGCUCAACUCUGAGUACGAGGAUGUCCAGGAACAGGCGGUGUGGGCCUUGGGGAACAUAGCUGGAGAUAACGCUGAGUGCAGAGACUACGUGCUGGACUGUGGCAUCCUGCCAUUUCUACAACAGUUACUCGCAAAGUCCAACCGUCUUACAACGACUCGCAACGCAGUGUGGGCUCUGUCCAACCUCUGCCGGGGGAAGAACCCACCACCCGAUUUUGCCAAAGUGUCUCCCUGUCUCAAGGUGCUGUCCCGGCUGCUGUUCAGCAGUGAUCCAGAUGUUCUGGCUGAUGCCUGCUGGGCUCUGUCCUACCUGUCUGACGGACCCAAUGAAAAGAUCCAGACGGUCAUCGACUCAGGGGUGUGCCGCAGAUUGGUGGAGCUGCUCAUGCACAGUGACUAUAAGGUGGUUUCUCCUGCUCUGCGUGCGGUCGGCAACAUUGUAACAGGAGAUGACAUCCAGACACAGGUUAUCUUGAACUGCUCAGCUCUGCCGUGUCUCCUCCACCUGCUCAGCAGUCCCAAGGAGUCCAUCAAGAAGGAGGCGUGCUGGACCGUGUCCAACAUCACUGCAGGGAACCGGGCUCAGAUCCAGAAUGUGAUUGAUGCCAACAUCUUCCCAGUGCUGAUCGAGAUCCUCCAGAAGGCCGAGUUCCGCACGAGGAAGGAGGCAGCGUGGGCCGUCACUAACGCCACCUCCGGGGGCACGCCGGCACAGAUAACGUACCUGGUGUCCUUGAACACCAUCAAACCCAUGUGUGACCUGCUCACCGUGAUGGACUCGAAGAUCGUGCAGGUGUCUCUGAACGGUUUGGAGAACAUCCUGCGGCUGGGGGAGCAGGAGGCCAAGCAGAGCGGCAGCGGCAUCAACCCGUACUGCGCUCUCAUCGAGGAGGCUUACGGCCUGGACAAAAUCGAGUUCCUGCAGAGCCACGAGAACCAGGAGAUCUACCAGAAGGCCUUCGACCUAAUCGAACACUACUUUGGAGUGGAGGAGGAGGACGCCAGCCUGGCCCCCCAGGUGGACCACACCCAGGGCCAGUUCCUGUUCCAGCAGCAGGAGGGACCCAUGGAGGGGUUCCAGCUCUAACCUCUCAUCCUGGGCUCUAUACCUCGGAGACAGCAGCCUGAUGGCCUCCAGACUCUCAAACAGACCUAACCCAGGUCGACUAGCUGCCCCAGGCCUUCACUCUGGCUAUGAGUACAACGACAAUGGAGGGGGAUCUGUGAAUAUGGAGAUCAAAAACCACAGCGUGUGUGAAAAACAACUCUCUUUUUUCCUUAAGGCUACAGACUUUCCUUUGACUUCCUGGGAUAUUAUUUCUCAUCAUCCUCAAUGAUGUUCAGCAUCCAUAUGUCAUUUUAAAUGAGAAACUACCUCUUCAGAAAGAAAGCAAGAAAGUAAGUCUUACUCAAUGAACUUAAAUGAAAGGAAAUCACAGGCAGGGCUGAAGACUAGUAGAUGUACGUCUGCUGAACGUCCUCGGAACAUUUUCUCCUCUCCUUUCCACUUAAAAAGCACUUCAAGAGCGCAGAGAGACUUGUAUUUAUGUGUCUCCUGACAGCAGUGGAGGUCCUCCUUCCCAUCAGCUCAGCUCUGAAGGCUACAGCUUCCUGGGUCAUGUAGCCAAGUGGACCAAGUGAAAUUAGUACAGUGUGUAGUCUUCACUCCUGUUUUCUUCGUCUAUUUGAAAUGUUCCUUAGUACAGAAAGCCAUGUCCUGACCAUGCAGGGGCUGUCUGUUACAUGAUGCAGUGUGUGAUAGUGAAAGAUUCCACACAUCUGUUCCGUUUUCUAGUUACUCUGAACUAGCAACUAAAUAUAAAAUAUUGUUCUGCCAUCAAUGAGAUUCUUGACUUGAUGGUGAUAGUGGACUGACUAGGAGGGUUUGUAUAUUAUAUAUACUGUGAGAAAAUAAGUAUUUAGGUGGCUAUAAGAGGGUACGAUAUGCAUUUAAGUUUUCUGCCUGAAAAUGUAUUUGUGAUAUUUUCAGUCCAACUUUACGGUGGUCGACAGGUGCAAACGAGCUACAACGGAACGAAACACUUCCAUUAAAGGUAGGGUAGGUAAGAAUGGAGAAACCAGCUCGAGUGCGCUAGAAUUUGAAAAUACACAGCCGGAACAAAUCUGCCACUUCCUUACAGAGCCCCUCCUCCAACAUACACGAACGCGCACAUGACCAAUGAGGGCACGAGAUAAGUUUGU